AGCAGCAGCUCCGCGUCGUCCUCGUCGUCUGCACCGUCCAGCAGCAGCUCUGCGCCGUCCUCGUCGUCUGCGCCGUCCAGCAGCAGCUCUGCGCCGUCUUCGUCGUCUGCGCCGUCCAGCAGCAGCUCUGCGCCGUCCUCGUCGUCUGCGCCGUCCAGCAGCAGCUCCGCGCCGUCCUCGUCGUCCGCGCCGUCCAGCAGCAGCUCUGCGUCGUCUUCGUCGUCUGCGCCGUCCAGCAGCAGCUCCGCGCCAUCCUCGUCGUCCGCGCCGUCCAGCAGCAGCUCUGCGCCGUCCAGCAGCAGCUCUGCGCCGUCCUCGUCGUCCGCGCCGUCCAGCAGCAGCUCUGCGCCGUCUUCGUCGUCUGCGCCGUCCAGCAGCAGCUCCGCGCCGUCUUCGUCGUCCGCGCCGUCCAGCAGCAGCUCCGCGCCGUCCUCGUCGUCUGCACCGUCCAGCAGCAGCUCUGCGCCGUCCUCGUCGUCUGCGCCGUCCAGCAGCAGCUCCGCGCCGUCUUCGUCGUCCGCGCCGUCCAGCAGCAGCUCUGCGCCGUCUUCGUCGUCCGCGCCGUCCAGCAGCAGCUCCGCGCCGUCCUCGUCGUCCGCGCCGUCCAGCAGCAGCUCCGCGCCGUCUUCGUCGUCCGCGCCGUCCAGCAGCAGCUCCGCGCCGUCCUCGUCGUCUGCACCGUCCAGCAGCAGCUUUGCGCCGUCCUCGUCGUCUGCGCCGUCCAGCAGCAGCUCUGAACUGGAGUGUGAUGGCCCCAUUCCGUUUUACACAGCAAGUCAGCAGGUGCACACGCGCAACUUCCUUGAGGCGUUCAAGUACACAAUUACAGCUCUGCAGCCGCUGUGGACCUGCACGAACUUCUGUGUCUGGGAGUAUGUGCACUGCACACCGGCGGGUGUGGCAGUGGAGAUUACUGGCACAGAGUUUUUCGGUUCUGUUCCCGAGGUACCCGCCGAUGUGAACCCGUCGGAGGUGGUGGUAACCACGCUUGAUUUCAGUCAUAGCGUGUGGCUGGAGGGCAGGUAUCCCAAUAACUGGGCCUCGCUGACGUCUCUGCAGAAGGUGUCCUUUGCAUACACUUCGAUGUGGGGAACGCUGCCAUCCCAGUGGGGUUCCAUGUCCGUGCUGAAGUUCCUCGAUUUAAGCUUCACGUGGACAGACGGUAAGUUCCCCGAGAGUUGGAGCCGCUUAGCGAACUUGGAGGUGCUCAGAUUAGUGCAUCUCACAAUUCCGGAUCACUUGCCGGCCUCGUGGAGCAGCAUGAAAGCAUUGCGGGAGCUCGACCUCGACAGCACCAGCGUGUCAGGCACGCUACCACCCUCCUGGGGCGCCCUCAAGAACCUCGAGAUUCUAUCUAUGCCCAACAACAACAUUGACGCGACUUUACCUGAUGAAUGGAGCUCGCUAACGCAGCUGCGAACCCUACACCUGCACCAUAACAAGCUUGUCGGCUCUAUCCCAGAGACCUACAACGCGAUGGUUACCCUCACCCGUGUCAGCCUCGAAGUCAACCGACUCUGCGGCUGCCUCCCAAGUACAUGGGCCGAGAAGAACGGUGUGUCCAUGACCAUCACCGCUCAGCCGGAGGUACUCGCUCCUGACUGCGCGACUGAGAACAUCUGCGAGACACAGACAGAAAGUAGCAGCUCCGCCACCACCUCGUCUUCGUCGUCCGUGCCGUCCAGCAGCAGCUCCGCGCCGUCCUCGUCGUCUGCGCCGUCCAGCAGCAGCUCCGCACCGUCCUCGUCGUCUGCGCCGUCCAGCAGCAGCUCUGCGCCGUCCUCGUCGUCUGCGCCGUCCAGCAGCAGCUCUGCGCCGUCCUCGUCGUCUGCGCCGUCCAGCAGCAGCUCUGCGCCGUCCUCGUCGUCUGCGCCGUCCAGCAGCAGCUCCGCGCCGUCCUCGUCGUCUGCGCCGUCCAGCAGCAGCUCUGCGCCGUCCUCGUCGUCUGCGCCGUCCAGCAGCAGCUCCGCGCCGUCCUCGUCGUCUGCGCCGUCCAGCAGCAGCUCUGCGCCGUCCUCGUCGUCCGCGCCGUCCAGCAGCAGCUCUGCGCCGUCUUCGUCGUCCGCGCCGUCCAGCAGCAGCUCUGCGCCGUCCUCGUCGUCCGCGCCGUCCAGCAGCAGCUCUGCGCCGUCCUCGUCGUCCGCGCCGUCCAGCAGCAGCUCCGCGCCGUCCUCGUCGUCUGCGCCGUCCAGCAGCAGCUCUGCGCCGUCCUCGUCGUCUGCGCCGUCCAGCAGCAGCUCUGCGCCGUCCUCGUCGUCUGCGCCGUCCAGCAGCAGCUCCGCGCCGUCCUCGUCGUCUGCGCCGUCCAGCAGCAGCUCUGCGCCGUCCUCGUCGUCUGCGCCGUCCAGCAGCAGCUCUGCGCCGUCCUCGUCGUCUGCGCCGUCCAGCAGCAGCUCUGCGCCGUCCUCGUCGUCCGCGCCGUCCAGCAGCAGCUCUGCGCCGUCUUCGUCGUCCGCGCCGUCCAGCAGCAGCUCUGCGCCGUCCUCGUCGUCUGCGCCGUCCAGCAGCAGCUCCGCGCCGUCCUCGUCGUCUGCGCCGUCCAGCAGCAGCUCUGCGCCGUCCUCGUCGUCUGCGCCGUCCAGCAGCAGCUCUGCGCCGUCUUCGUCGUCCGCGCCGUCCAGCAGCAGCUCUGCGCCGUCCUCGUCGUCUGCGCCGUCCAGCAGCAGCUCCGCACCGUCCUCGUCGUCUGCGCCGUCCAGCAGCAGCUCUGCGCCGUCCUCGUCGUCCGCGCCGUCCAGCAGCAGCUCUGCGCCGUCCUCGUCGUCUGCGCCGUCCAGCAGCAGCUCUGCGCCGUCCUCGUCGUCCGCGCCGUCCAGCAGCAGCUCUGCGCCGUCCUCGUCGUCUGCGCCGUCCAGCAGCAGCUCUGCGUCGUCCUCGUCGUCCGCGCCGUCCAGCAGCAGCUCUGCGCCGUCCUCGUCGUCCGCGCCGUCCAGCAGCAGCUCUGCGCCGUCCUCGUCGUCUGCGCCGUCCAGCAGCAGCUCUGCGUCGUCUUCGUCGUCUGCGCCGUCCAGCAGCAGCUCUGCGCCGUCCUCGUCGUCCGCGCCGUCCAGCAGCAGCUCUGCGCCGUCCUCGUCGUCCGCGCCGUCCAGCAGCAGCUCUGCGCCGUCCUCGUCGUCUGCGCCGUCCAGCAGCAGCUCUGCGCCGUCUUCGUCGUCUGCGCCGUCCAGCAGCAGCUCUGCGCCGUCCUCGUCGUCCGCGCCGUCCAGCAGCAGCUCUGCGCCGUCCUCGUCGUCCGCGCCGUCCAGCAGCAGCUCUGCGCCGUCCUCGUCGUCUGCGCCGUCCAGCAGCAGCUCUGCGCCGUCCUCGUCGUCCGCGCCGUCCAGCAGCAGCUCUGCGCCGUCCUCGUCGUCUGCGCCGUCCAGCAGCAGCUCUGCGUCGUCUUCGUCGUCUGCGCCGUCCAGCAGCAGCUCCGCGCCAUCCUCGUCGUCCGCGCCGUCCAGCAGCAGCUCCGCGCCGUCCUCGUCGUCUGCGCCGUCCAGCAGCAGCUCCGCGCCGUCCUCGUCGUCUGCGCCGUCCAGCAGCAGCUCUGCGCCGUCCUCGUCGUCUGCGCCGUCCAGCAGCAGCUCUGCGUCGUCUUCGUCGUCUGCGCCGUCCAGCAGCAGCUCUGCGCCGUCCUCGUCGUCCGCGCCGUCCAGCAGCAGCUCUGCGCCGUCCUCGUCGUCUGCGCCGUCCAGCAGCAGCUCUGCGUCGUCUUCGUCGUCUGCGCCGUCCAGCAGCAGCUCUGCGCCGUCCUCGUCGUCCGCGCCGUCCAGCAGCAGCUCUGCGCCGUCCUCGUCGUCCGCGCCGUCCAGCAGCAGCUCUGCGCCGUCCUCGUCGUCUGCGCCGUCCAGCAGCAGCUCUGCGUCGUCUUCGUCGUCUGCGCCGUCCAGCAGCAGCUCCGCGCCAUCCUCGUCGUCUGCGCCGUCCAGCAGCAGCUCCGCGCCGUCCUCGUCGUCCGCGCCGUCCAGCAGCAGCUCUGCGCCGUCCUCGUCGUCCGCGCCGUCCAGCAGCAGCUCUGCGCCGUCCUCGUCGUCUGCGCCGUCCUCGUCGUCCGCGCCGUCCAGCAGCAGCUCUGCGUCGUCUUCGUCGUCUGCGCCGUCCAGCAGCAGCUCUGCGUCGUCUUCGUCGUCUGCGCCGUCCAGCAGCAGCUCUGCGCCGUCCUCGUCGUCCGCGCCGUCCAGCAGCAGCUCUGCGCCGUCCUCGUCGUCCGCGCCGUCCAGCAGCAGCUCUGCGCCGUCCUCGUCGUCCGCGCCGUCCAGCAGCAGCUCUGCGCCGUCUUCGUCGUCUGCGCCGUCCAGCAGCAGCUCCGCGCCGUCCUCGUCGUCUGCGCCGUCCAGCAGCAGCUCUGCGCCGUCCUCGUCGUCUGCGCCGUCCUCGUCGUCCGCGCCGUCCAGCAGCAGCUCUGCGCCGUCCUCGUCGUCUGCGCCGUCCAGCAGCAGCUCUGCGUCGUCCUCGUCGUCCGCGCCGUCCAGCAGCAGCUCCGCGCCGUCCUCGUCGUCUGCGCCGUCCAGCAGCAGCUCCGCGCCGUCCUCGUCGUCUGCGCCGUCCAGCAGCAGCUCUGCGCCGUCCUCGUCGUCCGCGCCGUCCAGCAGCAGCUCCGCGCCGUCCUCGUCGUCUGCGCCGUCCAGCAGCAGCUCUGCGCCGUCCUCGUCGUCCGCGCCGUCCAGCAGCAGCUCCGCGCCGUCCUCGUCGUCUGCGCCGUCCAGCAGCAGCUCUGCGCCGUCCUCGUCGUCCGCGCCGUCCAGCAGCAGCUCCGCGCCGUCCUCGUCGUCCGCGCCGUCCAGCAGCAGCUCCGCGCCGUCCUCGUCGUCCGCGCCGUCCAGCAGCAGCUCCGCGCCGUCCUCGUCGUCUGCGCCGUCCAGCAGCAGCUCUGCGCCGUCCUCGUCGUCUGCGCCGUCCAGCAGCAGCUCCGCGCCGUCCUCGUCGUCUGCGCCGUCCAGCAGCAGCUCUGCGCCGUCUUCGUCGUCUGCGCCGUCCAGCAGCAGCUCCGCGCCGUCCUCGUCGUCUGCGCCGUCCAGCAGCAGCUCCGCGCCGUCCUCGUCGUCCGCGCCGUCCAGCAGCAGCUCUGCGCCGUCUUCGUCGUCCGCGCCGUCCAGCAGCAGCUCUGCGCCGUCCUCGUCGUCUGCGCCGUCCAGCAGCAGCUCCGCGCCGUCCUCGUCGUCCGCGCCGUCCAGCAGCAGCUCUGCGCCGUCUUCGUCGUCCGCGCCGUCCAGCAGCAGCUCUGCGCCGUCCUCGUCGUCUGCGCCGUCCAGCAGCAGCUCUGCGCCGUCCUCGUCGUCUGCGCCGUCCAGCAGCAGCUCCGCGCCGUCCUCGUCGUCCGCACCGUCCAGCAGCAGCUCUGCGCCGUCCUCGUCGUCUGCGCCGUCCAGCAGCAGCUCCGCGCCGUCCUCGUCGUCCGCACCGUCCAGCAGCAGCUCUGCGCCGUCCUCGUCGUCUGCGCUGUCCAGCAGCAGCUCCGCGCCGUCCUCGUCGUCCGCGCCGUCCAGCAGCAGCUCUGCGCCGUCCUCGUCGUCCGCGCCGUCCAGCAGCAGCUCCGCGCCGUCCUCGUCGUCCGCGCCGUCCAGCAGCAGCUCCGCGCCGUCCUCGUCGUCUGCGCCGUCCAGCAGCAGCUCUGCGCCGUCCUCGUCGUCUGCACCGUCCAGCAGCAGCUCCGCGCCGUCCUCGUCGUCUGCACCGUCCAGCAGCAGCUCUGCGCCGUCCUCGUCGUCCGCGCCGUCCAGCAGCAGCUCCGCGCCGUCCUCGUCGUCCGCGCCGUCCAGCAGCAGCUCCGCGCCGUCCUCGUCGUCCGCGCCGUCCAGCAGCAGCUCCGCGCCGUCCUCGUCGUCUGCGCCGUCCAGCAGCAGCUCUGCGCCGUCCUCGUCGUCUGCGCCGUCCAGCAGCAGCUCUGCGCCGUCCUCGUCGUCUGCGCCGUCCAGCAGCAGCUCUGCGCCGUCCUCGUCGUCUGCGCCGUCCAGCAGCAGCUCUGCGCCGUCUUCGUCGUCCGCGCCGUCCAGCAGCAGCUCUGCGCCGUCCUCGUCUGCUGCGACAUGCAGCAGCUCCGCUCCGUCCUCUUCGUCUGCUCCGUCGAACAGCAGCUCCGCUGCGCCUUCGUCGUCCACAUUGUCGAGCAGCAGCUCUGCGCCGCCUUCGUCGUCUGCGCCGUCCAGCAGCAGCUCCGCGCCGUCCUCGUCGUCUGCGCCGUCCAGCAGCAGCUCCGCGCCGUCUUCGUCGUCUGCGCCGUCCAGCAGCAGCUCCGCGCCGUCCUCGUCGUCUGCGCCGUCCAGCAGCAGCUCUGCGCCGUCCUCGUCGUCUGCGCCGUCCAGCAGCAGCUCUGCGCCGUCCUCGUCGUCUGCGCCGUCCAGCAGCAGCUCCGCGCCGUCUUCGUCGUCUGCGCCGUCCAGCAGCAGCUCCGCGCCGUCCUCGUCGUCUGCGCCGUCCAGCAGCAGCUCUGCGCCGUCCUCGUCGUCUGCGCCGUCCAGCAGCAGCUCCGCGCCGUCCUCGUCGUCUGCACCGUCCAGCAGCAGCUCUGCGCCGUCUUCGUCGUCUGCGCCGUCCAGCAGCAGCUCUGCGCCGUCCUCGUCGUCUGCACCGUCCAGCAGCAGCUCCGCGCCGUCCUCGUCGUCUGCGCCGUCCAGCAGCAGCUCCGCGCCGUCCUCGUCGUCUGCACCGUCCAGCAGCAGCUCUGCGCCGUCCUCGUCGUCUGCACCGUCCAGCAGCAGCUCUGCGCCGUCCUCGUCGUCUGCGCCGUCCAGCAGCAGCUCCGCGCCGUCCUCGUCGUCUGCACCGUCCAGCAGCAGCUCUGCGCCGUCCAGCAGCAGCUCUGCGCCGUCCUCGUCGUCUGCACCGUCCAGCAGCAGCUCUGCGCCGUCCUCGUCGUCUGCGCCGUCCAGCAGCAGCUCCGCGCCGUCCUCGUCGUCUGCACCGUCCAGCAGCAGCUCUGCGCCGUCCAGCAGCAGCUCCGCGCCGUCCUCGUCGUCUGCACCGUCCAGCAGCAGCUCUGCGCCGUCUUCGUCGUCUGCGCCGUCCAGCAGCAGCUCUGCGCCGUCCUCGUCGUCUGCACCGUCCAGCAGCAGCUCUGCGCCGUCUUCGUCGUCCGCGCCGUCCAGCAGCAGCUCUGCGCCGUCCUCGUCGUCUGCGCCGUCCAGCAGCAGCUCCGCGCCGUCCUCGUCGUCUGCGCCGUCCAGCAGCAGCUCCGCGCCGUCUUCGUCGUCUGCGCCGUCCAGCAGCAGCUCCGCGCCGUCCUCGUCGUCUGCGCCGUCCAGCAGCAGCUCUGCGCCGUCUUCGUCGUCCGCGCCGUCCAGCAGCAGCUCUGCGCCGUCCUCGUCGUCUGCGCCGUCCAGCAGCAGCUCUGCGCCGUCCUCGUCGUCUGCGCCGUCCAGCAGCAGCUCCGCGCCGUCCUCGUCGUCUGCACCGUCCAGCAGCAGCUCUGCGCCGUCCAGCAGCAGCUCUGCGCCGUCCUCGUCGUCUGCACCGUCCAGCAGCAGCUCUGCGCCGUCUUCGUCGUCUGCGCCGUCCAGCAGCAGCUCUGCGCCGUCCUCGUCGUCUGCACCGUCCAGCAGCAGCUCUGCGCCGUCCUCGUCGUCUGCGCCGUCCUCGUCUUCUGCACCGUCCAGCAGCAGCUCUGCGCCGUCCUCGUCGUCUGCGCCGUCCAGCAGCAGCUCCGCGCCGUCUUCGUCGUCUGCGCCGUCCAGCAGCAGCUCUGCGCCGUCCUCGUCGUCCGCGCCGUCCAGCAGCAGCUCUGCGCCGUCCUCGUCGUCUGCGCCGUCCAGCAGCAGCUCCGCGCCGUCCUCGUCGUCUGCGCCGUCCAGCAGCAGCUCUGCGCCGUCUUCGUCGUCUGCGCCGUCCAGCAGCAGCUCUGCGCCGUCUUCGUCGUCUGCGCCGUCCAGCAGCAGCUCUGCGCCGUCCUCGUCGUCCGCGCCGUCCAGCAGCAGCUCCGCGCCGUCCUCGUCGUCUGCGCCGUCCAGCAGCAGCUCUGCGCCGUCCUCGUCGUCUGCACCGUCCAGCAGCAGCUCCGCGCCGUCCUCGUCGUCUGCACCGUCCAGCAGCAGCUCUGCGCCGUCCUCGUCGUCCGCUCCGUCCAGCAGCAGCUCCGCGCCGUCCUCGUCGUCCGCGCCGUCCAGCAGCAGCUCCGCGCCGUCCUCGUCGUCCGCGCCGUCCAGCAGCAGCUCCGCGCCGUCUUCGUCGUCCGCGCCGUCCAGCAGCAGCUCCGCGCCGUCCUCGUCGUCUGCGCCGUCCAGCAGCAGCUCUGCGCCGUCCUCGUCGUCCGCGCCGUCCAGCAGCAGCUCCGCGCCGUCCUCGUCGUCCGCGCCGUCCAGCAGCAGCUCCGCGCCGUCCUCGUCGUCCGCGCCGUCCAGCAGCAGCUCUGCGCCGUCUUCGUCGUCCGCGCCGUCCAGCAGCAGCUCUGCGCCGUCUUCGUCGUCUGCGCCGUCCAGCAGCAGCUCCGCGCCGUCCUCGUCGUCCGCGCCGUCCAGCAGCAGCUCUGCGCCGUCUUCGUCGUCUGCGCCGUCCAGCAGCAGCUCCGCGCCGUCCUCGUCGUCCGCGCCGUCCAGCAGCAGCUCCGCGCCGUCCUCGUCGUCCGCGCCGUCCAGCAGCAGCUCCGCGCCGUCCUCGUCGUCUGCGCCGUCCAGCAGCAGCUCUGCGCCGUCCUCGUCGUCCGCGCCGUCCAGCAGCAGCUCCGCGCCGUCCUCGUCGUCCGCGCCGUCCAGCAGCAGCUCCGCGCCGUCCUCGUCGUCCGCGCCGUCCAGCAGCAGCUCCGCGCCGUCUUCGUCGUCCGCGCCGUCCAGCAGCAGCUCUGCGCCGUCCUCGUCGUCUGCGCCGUCCAGCAGCAGCUCCGCGCCGUCCUCGUCGUCCGCGCCGUCCUCGUCGUCCGCGCCGUCCAGCAGCAGCUCUGCGCCGUCCUCGUCGUCCGCGCCGUCCAGCAGCAGCUCCGCGCCUUCCUCGUCGUCUGCACCGUCCAGCAGCUCUGCGCCGUCCUCGUCGUCUGCGCCGUCCAGCAGCAGCUCCGCGCCAUCCUCGUCGUCCGCGCCGUCCAGCAGCAGCUCCGCGCCGUCCUCGUCGUCCGCGCCGUCCAGCAGCAGCUCUGCGCCGUCCUCGUCGUCCGCGCCGUCCAGCAGCAGCUCCGCGCCAUCCUCCUCGUCCGCGCCGUCCAGCAGCAGCUCCGCGCCGUCUUCGUCGUCCGCGCCGUCCAGCAGCAGCUCUGCGCCGUCCUCGUCGUCUGCGCCGUCCAGCAGCAGCUCUGCGCCGUCCUCGUCGUCUGCGCCGUCCAGCAGCAGCUCCGCGCCGUCCUCGUCGUCCGCGCCGUCCAGCAGCAGCUCCGCGCCAUCCUCCUCGUCCGCGCCGUCCAGCAGCAGCUCCGCGCCGUCUUCGUCGUCCGCGCCGUCCAGCAGCAGCUCUGCGCCGUCCUCGUCGUCUGCGCCGUCCAGCAGCAGCUCUGCGCCGUCCUCGUCGUCCGCGCCGUCCAGCAGCAGCUCUGCGCCGUCCUCGUCGUCUGCGCCGUCCAGCAGCAGCUCCGCGCCGUCCUCGUCGUCCGCGCCGUCCAGCAGCAGCUCUGCGCCGUCCUCGUCGUCCGCGCCGUCCAGCAGCAGCUCCGCGCCAUCCUCCUCGUCCGCGCCGUCCAGCAGCAGCUCCGCGCCGUCUUCGUCGUCCGCGCCGUCCAGCAGCAGCUCUGCGCCGUCCUCGUCGUCUGCGCCGUCCAGCAGCAGCUCUGCGCCGUCCUCGUCGUCUGCGCCGUCCAGCAGCAGCUCCGCGCCGUCCUCGUCGUCCGCGCCGUCCUCGUCGUCCGCGCCGUCCAGCAGCAGCUCUGCGCCGUCCUCGUCGUCCGCGCCGUCCAGCAGCAGCUCUGCGCCGUCCUCGUCGUCUGCGCCGUCCAGCAGCAGCUCUGCGCCGUCCUCGUCGUCUGCGCCGUCCAGCAGCAGCUCCGCGCCGUCCUCGUCGUCCGCGCCGUCCAGCAGCAGCUCUGCGCCGUCCUCGUCGUCUGCGCCGUCCAGCAGCAGCUCCGCGCCGUCCUCGUCGUCCGCGCCGUCCAGCAGCAGCUCUGCGCCGUCCUCGUCGUCUGCGCCGUCCAGCAGCAGCUCCGCGCCAUCCUCGUCGUCCGCGCCGUCCAGCAGCAGCUCUGCGCCGUCCUCGUCGUCUGCGCCGUCCAGCAGCAGCUCUGCGUCGUCUUCGUCGUCUGCGCCGUCCAGCAGCAGCUCUGCGCCGUCCUCGUCGUCCGCGCCGUCCAGCAGCAGCUCUGCGCCGUCCUCGUCGUCUGCGCCGUCCAGCAGCAGCUCUGCGCCGUCCUCGUCGUCUGCGCCGUCCAGCAGCAGCUCCGCGCCGUCCUCGUCGUCCGCGCCGUCCAGCAGCAGCUCUGCGCCGUCCUCGUCGUCCGCGCCGUCCAGCAGCAGCUCCGCGCCGUCCUCGUCGUCUGCGCCGUCCAGCAGCAGCUCUGCGCCGUCCUCGUCGUCUGCGCCGUCCAGCAGCAGCUCCGCGCCGUCCUCGUCGUCUGCGCCGUCCAGCAGCAGCUCUGCGCCGUCCUCGUCGUCCGCGCCGUCCAGCAGCAGCUCCGCGCCUUCCUCGUCGUCUGCACCGUCCAGCAGCAGCUCUGCGCCGUCCUCGUCGUCUGCGCCGUCCAGCAGCAGCUCCGCGCCGUCCUCGUCGUCCGCGCCGUCCAGCAGCAGCUCCGCGUCGUCCUCGUCGUCUGCACCGUCCAGCAGCAGCUCUGCGCCGUCCUCGUCGUCUGCGCCGUCCAGCAGCAGCUCUGCGCCGUCUUCGUCGUCUGCGCCGUCCAGCAGCAGCUCUGCGCCGUCCUCGUCGUCUGCGCCGUCCAGCAGCAGCUCCGCGCCGUCCUCGUCGUCCGCGCCGUCCAGCAGCAGCUCUGCGUCGUCUUCGUCGUCUGCGCCGUCCAGCAGCAGCUCCGCGCCAUCCUCGUCGUCCGCGCCGUCCAGCAGCAGCUCUGCGCCGUCCAGCAGCAGCUCUGCGCCGUCCUCGUCGUCCGCGCCGUCCAGCAGCAGCUCUGCGCCGUCUUCGUCGUCUGCGCCGUCCAGCAGCAGCUCCGCGCCGUCUUCGUCGUCCGCGCCGUCCAGCAGCAGCUCCGCGCCGUCCUCGUCGUCUGCACCGUCCAGCAGCAGCUCUGCGCCGUCCUCGUCGUCUGCGCCGUCCAGCAGCAGCUCCGCGCCGUCUUCGUCGUCCGCGCCGUCCAGCAGCAGCUCUGCGCCGUCUUCGUCGUCCGCGCCGUCCAGCAGCAGCUCCGCGCCGUCCUCGUCGUCCGCGCCGUCCAGCAGCAGCUCCGCGCCGUCUUCGUCGUCCGCGCCGUCCAGCAGCAGCUCCGCGCCGUCCUCGUCGUCUGCACCGUCCAGCAGCAGCUCUGCGCCGUCCUCGUCGUCUGCGCCGUCCAGCAGCAGCUCUGAACUGGAGUGUGAUGGCCCCAUUCCGUUUUACACAGCAAGUCAGCAGGUGCACACGCGCAACUUCCUUGAGGCGUUCAAGUACACAAUUACAGCUCUGCAGCCGCUGUGGACCUGCACGAACUUCUGUGUCUGGGAGUAUGUGCACUGCACACCGGCGGGUGUGGCAGUGGAGAUUACUGGCACAGAGUUUUUCGGUUCUGUUCCCGAGGUACCCGCCGAUGUGAACCCGUCGGAGGUGGUGGUAACCACGCUUGAUUUCAGUCAUAGCGUGUGGCUGGAGGGCAGGUAUCCCAAUAACUGGGCCUCGCUGACGUCUCUGCAGAAGGUGUCCUUUGCAUACACUUCGAUGUGGGGAACGCUGCCAUCCCAGUGGGGUUCCAUGUCCGUGCUGAAGUUCCUCGAUUUAAGCUUCACGUGGACAGACGGUAAGUUCCCCGAGAGUUGGAGCCGCUUAGCGAACUUGGAGGUGCUCAGAUUAGUGCAUCUCACAAUUCCGGAUCACUUGCCGGCCUCGUGGAGCAGCAUGAAAGCAUUGCGGGAGCUCGACCUCGACAGC